AUGGAGAAUGGAGCAUCAACUGAUAAAGAUAAAGAAAGACUAAUAUCACAAUUAAAAGGUAAACUUUGGUACUGCAUUGAGAAACAAGUCAAGGAGGAGACACCCUUUGAUACUACUAUUUCUCCUAAAUAUAUAAAUGCUUUAGUUGAGCUAUGCUAUAUCCAAUUGGUUGAAGUAGGAAAGGAUCUAGAAUUGUUUGCUAAACACGCUAACAGGGAAGUAAUUACUGUUGACGAUCUAAUGUUAUUGUUAAGGAAACUUCCAAAUCUGCAAGAAUCACUAAUACUUAACAAAGAUAAUCGAUGA